GCAAAGAAGUCUGCCGGUCUCAGUCUGCGUGCAGCUGCCGCUCAGAAAGGCGAAGAAGGCAUGUCGUACACUAAGUUUGUAGCAUCCUUGGUCAGUGCAAACUCCGGCAGCAUCCGAAAACUGCGGAUUUCGCCUGCGAGAUGCCGCUCAACAGUCGCAUCCACCAAAACUCGAGAAGAGAAGGAGCAGCAGCAGCAGACGAAUGGCUGCACCGUGGUAGAGGCUGCGCCGGUUGAACUCAUCAGCCAGUGUAGAAAAGCUACCAAAGCUCCGCUGAGUAAAACCCAUAUCGACUUCGAAAACACACAGGAAGCCUAUAAGAGCAAAGGUAAUAUUGAGCUGCUCCGGAGUCUGUUGGUCUUCAAGCUGUGUACGUUUGACAUCCUGGUUGACAAGAACAAAGAGUUGAUGGAUCUGAGCAGGAAGCUGCUUGGACAGUGGAUGUUUGAGAAGCUGAUGAAGAUGACCUUCUAUGGGCAGUUUGUGGCAGGGGAAGACCACAACUCCAUCAAACCGUUAAUUCGGAAAAAUGAGGCCUUUGGUGUGGGGGCAGUUUUGGACUACAGCGUGGAAGAAGACCUGACACAAGAGGAAGCGGAGAAGAAGGAGAUGGAUUCAUGUGUUUCUGAGGCAGAGAAAGAAAGUCCAGGUGCGGAUCAUCGUGAGAAGAAGUACAAGGCCCAUCGUCAGUUUGGAGACAGGCGCGGGGGAGUUAUCAGUGCACGAACUUACUUCUAUGCAGAUGAGGCCAAAUGUGAUAUGCAAAUGGAGACAUUCAUAAACUGCAUUAAAGCUUCUGGUGGAGCUUCUAAUGAUGGAUUUUCUGCUAUCAAAAUGACUGCACUGGGUCGUCCACAGUUCCUUCUCCAGUUUUCCGAAGUCCUGGUUAAAUGGAGACGGUUUUUUAACUUCCUCUCAGCGCAACAGGGAAAAUCUCAAAUGACGGUUUUAGAACAGAAACUGGAGCUGGAGCAGCUCAAGGAAAGUUUGACUGAGCUGGGUGUUGGAGCCAAAGAUGACAUAGAGAAUUGGUUUACUGGAGAGAAGCUGGGCCUGUCUGGAACAAUUGAUCUGUUGGACUGGAACAGUUUAAUAAACGACACAACAAAGAUUUCAAAUCUGCUUAUGGUGCCAAACCUUCAGACCGGCCAUCUGGAGCCUUUGCUGAAUAUAUUUACUGAAGAAGAAGAGAGGCAGAUGAAGAGAAUGCUUCAGAGAGUGGAUAUUCUGGCCAAGCAUGCUGUAGAGAACGGGGUGAGGCUAAUGGUGGAUGCCGAGCAGACGUACUUCCAACCAGCUAUCAGUCGCCUGACCCUGGAAAUGCAGAGGAAAUUCAACAGAGAAAAGCCAGUCAUUUUCAACACCUACCAGUGUUACCUCAAGGAAGCCUACGACAACGUGACCUUGGAUGUUGAGCUGUCUCGGCGGGAGGGUUGGUACUUUGGUGCCAAACUCGUUCGCGGAGCCUACAUGUACCAAGAGAGAGCCAGGGCGAAGGAAAUUGGAUAUGAGGAUCCAAUAAACCCAGACUAUGAGGCCACUAACAGGAUGUAUCAUAAGUGUUUGGAGUAUGUGCUGGAGGAGAUUGAACACAGCAGGAAAGCAAAUGUUAUGGUUGCAACUCACAAUGAGGACACAGUGAAGUUCACCCUCGAUAAGAUGAAUGAAAUGGGCCUGUCACCCACUGAGAAUAAAGUUUACUUUGGACAGCUGCUGGGGAUGUGUGACCAGAUCAGCUUCCCACUAGGCCAAGCAGGUUUUCCAGUCUAUAAAUACGUUCCAUACGGCCCUGUCAAUGAAGUAAUCCCCUACCUGUCCCGCCGUGCUCAAGAGAACCGCGGGAUCAUGAAGGGAUCCCAGAGAGAGAGGAGCCUGCUGUGGAAGGAGCUGAGGCGCAGACUGCUGGCUGGUCAGAUUAUCUACAAGCCUGUUUACUAAAUCACAUUUGCAGACAAUAUGCAAAAUAUUUCUGGGCAUUCCACCCUUCUUGGUGUACCUCUGUGUUAGCUGCUCUUUGUAGCUGGGACUUGUCUUUCCUGGUUCACUAGACAACAGAGCAAAGACUGUUUUUCAGCUUUACUGACAAAUGUUUUAAAUAUUUAAGUAUUCAUGCAAUACAGUAGUGCUGAAAUAUUGCAGCAGAAGAUGUUAGGUCACAUUAAAAUGUGAUUUUAGUAUUUGUUUAACUUUUAAACCGGCCUUGAUAAUUCUUAAAAUCAGCAUACAUCUAAAACAUUUUAAAAAUAACUUAAUGUGUGUGUAUUUCUAAAUGGUGGUCUUCCCUGAUAGACUGCAUUGAGUUAUUCAGUGGAAGAUAAGAAAUUAUGUUUGAAUGCCAAAGUUGGCCUACUUGUGUGCAUAAAAGCCAUCCUGUGCUUUUAAAAAUUGUGCUCUUUGCAUGUUGUGUUAAGUAUUGUGUUGAGUUAAAAGAUACAAGUGCCUUAUGGUUAUUUUAAAAAAGCCAGCAUUUUUUUUCUUACUGUACACCACUCCAAAGGGUAAACUUUUUUUAAUUAGGGAUUAUGUAUGAAAACAUAAUUACUUUGCAUUAUAGCAACUUUAAUUAUAUUAAAACUGCACACAUCUGUAGUUGUGUUUGUGGUUUUUAAUCAUAAUCAGUUCUAUAAAAUUGUAAACAAUAGAUUUUGCAUCCCGGGAAAGAUGAUCCCUGUUUCAGUCUCUCAUGUCCACUCCACAAAAGAGGAACGGCAGAUCAAAUGGAAUUAUUGCUGCAGAUGCCUGCAGGCAAGAUAACUACCUAGUCUUUUGAAGCACAUGUUUGCAGGAGCAAACCUUCAUUUAGCCUCUGAUAAAACAAACAGCAAACAGAAAGACUCCGUGUGAUCCAUUUGAGGAGUUAUUAAUGUUUUGAUGCUUCAGUUGUUGAUAUCUGCCAGAUGGUCUAAAUUUCACAAUCGGUGAAAUCGACGGCAUGUUCUGAUCCAUGAACGGUGACAGAUGUUCAAAGCAGAAACACGGGGACUGUUUUGACCUAUGUUUCACAAUGUUACAAAAUCAUGCAUUCAAGUACUACAAGAACAAUUGCACUAUUAAUAUAAUAUAAUAUAAGCUGUGGGCGAGGUGAAAUGGCAUGUGGCUUUUGUGAUCAUGGGGAAGAAUUUUAAAAAGAGGUGUUGUUGUGAGCAUCUUUGAAUGAUUUGUGUUACCUUUAAUUUGUCACCCAUACAGUUUAUUGUAUAUGUCAAUGUCAAUUUCUGAUGAGAGAUGUUGACUUGUGUCUUCUCUUUUAUUUUCUUGUUUUAUUUCGUCAUCACUGCUGUAUCAAGAUAUUAUGUACUUGUGUAAAUAUAUGUAAAUAAAUAAAAUAGUUAAUGUUAAAAAAAA